ACCCGCUGAAUUUUGUUCGUGACCUCUAACACAGCGCAGACCAGACCAGACCAGACCUCCUUCACCAUUCCAGUUAUGGCAAUUAGACAUCCAACCCUCAAGAAAUCAUGAAGCUAGACACCAAGUCCCUCCGAUACCUCAACCCUACCGACUGGCGCACCCUCACAGCCGUUGAGACGGGAAGCCGAAAUCACGAAGUCGUCCCAACCCCACUUAUCGCCAACCUCUCUAAAUCUAGUCUGGGUGACGUGCAACGAAGCAUCUCCUUGCUUGCCAAAGCCAAUCUGAUUGCCAAGGUCAAAAACGCGAAAUACGACGGUUACCGACUGACAUACGGUGGGCUCGACUAUCUGGCGCUUCAUUCCUUGCAAAAGAGCAACACUGUGUAUGGUGUGGGCAACCAGAUUGGGGUUGGCAAAGAGAGCGACAUAUUUGUUGUCAGCGAUGAGAAGGGAGAACAGCGGGUACUGAAAAUCCAUCGUCUGGGUAGAGUGAGCUUCAAGAAAGGGGUGCGGAACAAACGGGACUAUGCCAGAACGAAGGCUCAGAAAGAGAGAGGUGCUGGCAGUUGGAUGUAUAUGUCACGCCUAGCGGCCGUCAAAGAGUUUGCCUUUCUGCAAGCCCUGCACAACGCGGGUCUGAGUGUCCCAACUCCACUCGGCCAGAAUCGACACCAGCUGAUCAUGUCAUUGAUUGACGGGUUUCCAUUGCGACAGAUCGAAAAGGUUCCAGACCCAGCAGGACUGUACGCGGAACUGAUCGAAAUGAUAGUGCGCCUGUGCUCUCUCGGGCUGAUACAUGGCGAUUUCAACGAGUUCAACAUCCUAAUAAAAGAAGAGGAGCAAGGGGACGAGAUCAAGCUUGUGCCAGUCUUGAUAGACUUUCCUCAGAUGGUCAGUGUGGAUCAUCCAAACGCGGAGUUCUAUUUCGACAGGGACGUGGAAUGCUUGAAGCGUUUCUUUGCAAGACGGUUUGGAUUUAUCAGCACGGAUAACGGCCCACUCUUCAAGGAUGCGAGGCAGUUGGUCGGCAAGGAUGGGCUCAGACGGCUUGAUGUUGAAGUCGAAGCUUCCGGGUUCUCGCGGAAAAUGGCCAGAGAGCUUGAAGCCUACAUGAAAGAGCACGGCGUGGACGGUGACGCCAAAGGAGAAGGGGCGAACGAGGUUGAUCCAAGCGGUUCCGAGGACGAAGAGCACGAUAGUGACCAAGGCGAAGAUAGCGAUAACCCCGCUGACAACGGUGCCUCCGACACAACCUGAUAGUGAAAGGAUUCACGCUAUUGAAGAUCAUGCGCGACGAUACAAGGUGCCCCGCGUUGGUUCCAGGAUCAAGUUCUACUACGAGAACCUAAGGUGCAAGGAGCACGGAGCACUCAAGCUAGGGUCGAAGACCAGGGCAACGAGAUGAUCUGCUGGGGUAUCUGCCAUCCCCGUUCCGUCCCGCUUAGCCAACCUCUUUGAGAAGAGGCACGAUCUUUGGUGCAUGCACAGAGACUAUCGGAGCGUGCUGCUCAAGCCUCGAAACUGCGACGAAAGUGAAACAUCACUCGCAAGCGAAGUCGCUCACAUCCUGAACCCCGCAUCUUAUCACCACCUAGGUCGUCAACAACAACAACAACACCCCCCAAGCAAUAGAGCCAUUUCUAAGGUUCGUGACAAAGAGCAUCCCUGCUGCAUCAUUAUCGAUCCGCUCCCUUGAUGGCUGUCGCUGUAUCGAAUCACAAACCACCAUGGUCGAGUGUCCGCGACUUCUCCAAACUCUAUCCUGCCUCAACUCAACUCGUAAGUGUUGAAGUCGGACUUCUCCACGUGCGAGACCACUUGUCUCACUUGAAUUUACUACUGCAGAGAAGUUGACAUCUGCUAGUGUAGAUGAACCAGGAGACUUUUGCGGAGCCAAAAAGUCAGCUAUCGUGCCAGACCUAUCGUGCCACUGUUGCUCGCCAUGGGCAACUGCAGGAAGCCUUUGUUGCUUUGGAUACUAUGGACUGCUGCAGCCGAAGUGGUGAAAGCGAAGCGUCAACCACUUGUUAUUACUAGCUGUGCAAAAGAUCAGUCCACUUUGAGGCAUCUUACUCGAAGGAUUCCACAGGCGAGGGAAUUCCCGGUCUGAGCAUUGUCUGGACCGUGGAAUGCACACAGCUGUGCCUUAGCCGAGGCUUUGUCCAGAUACUUCCACAUCUGUCCCGUUGAGCUCGCUGCGAUGAACCAUGAAACGGGCGGGCAGGAGACAUCAACAACGGAUUGCUCCAUAAGCAAAAAACAUGGCUUCACCUGGGCUGGCCUUCUGAGAACUUAAAAAUCAAGUGGCAGACACGAGCGUUUGUGAAAGAGGGCGAGAGAUGUGCUUUAAGCGAGGAUGGUAACAAGAGGUCCCCUGCAGUAGUGACAGCACCGUCUUGAAUCGCCCCCUGAGUUAGGAUAGGAGAAGGCAUGUGUGAAACGCAGACCCUGGUCAGGUGGCUGGCUCGGGAAGACGGCCAAAUGUGCAUCUCUCUGAGAAGGGCAUAGGACCACAACUUAGCCCCGGUCGGGGCGUUGGAGCCAGACCUGGGAGUAACAAACCAGCAUGAACAAGCUUUAAUCCAGAAACCCGCGAAUAAGCCCCCAAGCACCUCGUCCUAG